CUGUUGUCGUGUUAGACUCGUGUUGGCUGUGUGCGCAGUCUCAGUGACAUGGGCAGAUAUCACAGGAGUUAGCCUCUCUGUUCAUAAGGUUCCCAUCAUCAUCCACAGGAAGACAGCAGUUGGGGGGGGGCUAAACUUGCGGUGCGGCUUCUGCGUCUGCGCACCUUGGCCCUAAUCUAGGAUUAUGGAGGCUUAUCUAAACUCGCUGUUUAUAAAGUAUGUUUUUGGUUGGAAAUUAGCUAGUCGUGGAUGGCACGACCAGGGUGACGCAUCGGCGGUGACGCUCUGAGACUUUUGCGAACGACAGACUCUUGAUUCGAAAAGGAAAGCGAGCUCCAGCGGCGGAAGUGAGCGCGCGUUUUAGUGACGACACAGCUUUGGGGGUUUAGCACGUGGCAGCAGUGACUUUAAUCGGUGCUAACGCAAUCCCCGUUUUUUGGAAGAUUCGAAAUAGUGUCCGGUUCGCGGUUCGUCCGCCUCCGCGCCGUUCCAGGACUGCUCGUCGACUCUGCCUUCGUGUGACGACCAUGGUGGUGCUUCGCUGCGUGCUGCCGCAGCGGGUGUCGUAAGCGAGAGGUCAAGGGGUGUAGGGCCCGUGGCACUGGCACAGACAGGCACUCCCGCCCUCGCUCUCUCACUCGUCGGCCCCCUCUCCCUCGGCCGAGUCGGGCGAAGGGAAUCGGAAACCACAGAAGUUCCCGUCGCCGCCGUCGCCUCCGCAGGGACGCCCCCACCACAGGAGCCGCACGACCCUCGCCACCGCCGGGACGACGACCAGCGAUUAGUGCGGGGGAGGACCGUCGCGCCCCCUCCCCCCCGCCGCGACCUCACGUUGACCUGGCUUCAGCGAUGGACUUUCAGAGCGCCAUGGAGACGUUUGCAGAAGCGUGGAUGGCGGCCAACACCAAGUCCCGAGCCGACUCCUCAGACCCCCAGGUAAAAACAUCCCUCUUCACGUGGUUAUUGAAACCAUCCCUCUCUGCGGCGUGGGCGUCGGCAUGGGCGUGGAGGAGCUGCGUGGGCGUGUGGAGAUGGACAGCUACGCCCUCAUCCCUGGCCACACCCGUUUCACCGACCUCCUGCAGGCGGCGCUGGUGAAACUCGGAUAUUCAGAGGAACUGACGCAGGCUAGAGGCGUCCUUCAGCUGAGACACUGGCGACCUCUUCCCCUCGAACACGUACCUGAAACGGAAGACAAGACGGUGGCUGAAGUCCUAGGGGACGUCGCCCCCCUCGCCACGCUGCACGUUCGGAUCUACAGCACGUGGCUCAUGCGUCACGCCCACCGCCCACAACGCACAUCAUGACGCCCCCGCACCACGCCCACCCACGCCCGCACUCCAUGGAGAAGCUCGCCUCGGAACCCAUUCACCCAGCGAUACAGCAGACAGUGACCAGCCAAUAUGGACCGCAGAAGACACGAAUGAGAACCAGUUUCGACCCAGAAUUAGAGUUACCGCGUCUCCACCGCUGGUUCGCCGAAAAUCAACACCCGACAAGGCUCCAGAUCCAGCAGUAUGUGACGGAACUGAACGGACUGGAGUCGCGUCGAGGCAGAAAACCCCUGGAUGUGAGCAACGUUGUUUACUGGUUCAAGAACGCGCGGGCGGCCUACAAACGCCAGGAAUUCCGCGCCAUCAACGGCCUGAAGUCCCCCCCGCCGGAUGAAACGAGUAUUUCAGACAACGACGACCACCACGACUCCUACGCCCCUCCUUCUCACAACGCCCACAGCCUCGCCAGCUCGCCGCCCACGCCUCACGAACACGCCCAUCUCCAGCACCAUCAUCAGCAACAGCAACAACAGCAACAACAACAACAGCAACAGCAGCAACAACAACAUGAAGACAAUCAGGAGGAAGACGACCAACGGGGAAGCGGGGGCGUCGGUUCAGAGCCUUCGGACAGCCUCCAGGGGCGUAGCCAGGCGGCAGGGAGCUCGGAAGGGGGGCAGACCUCGGGCGGGGAGAGGUGCCCCCCCGAGAGUGACGUAGACAUGAGCGAGGACGAGGAUGACGUCAGAUCACGUGACAGCGUCAGCGUUACCAAUGAUGGAAAGUGUUCCCCCCCUCCAGUCGUAUCACCAGGGGCUCUCUCCCUGCCUCCCUACCCCCCUAUACCCGGCCUGGGGCAAGGGGGGAUGGACCGAUUGCCAUACCCAGUGGUGCCAGGGUCACUUCUCCAGCACUCCAUGAUGUAUAUGGCACACUACAUGCCACAGGUCUCCCCCUUCUCCGGCGGCCUCGGGGGGAGCGGCAUCCCGGAAGAACGACGCAAGCGAAACCGGACCUUCAUUGACCCCGUAACCGAAGUGCCGCGUCUGGAGCAGUGGUUCGCCAUCAACACGCACCCGAGCCACAACCUCAUCCUUAAGUACAUGCUUUUGCCCUAUGCCACCGGAUGCCCUACCGCCAGAAGUUCCCGAAGCUCGAGCCGAAGAACGUGCAGUUCUGGUUCAAGAAUCGGAGGGCCAAGUGCAAGAGGUUGA